UUUGGUGGUGAUGGAACUUAUCUUUUCAAGCUCUGGGUGCUUAUAAAAAAGUUUUUUUCCAAUAUUUUUGCCUUGGUAUAAUGCUUUGAAAUCCUGGGAAAUUUAGCUCGUCUUGGAUUCUUUUUGUUUUACACUUCCGUUUUUUCAUUUUAGGUCUUGUUUUUGCUUUAAUUUGGAACUAUAUGUUUAAAUCUUCAGAAUUAUUUGAAUAUUCAAUAUUUGUGAGUUUUGUGUUUGAUUUUCUAGUUGAGUGUUGAAAAGAGAGAAGGGAUUGAUUUUUUUUUCCCCCAAUAUAAAAGAAGUUGAGCCGGAGAAGAAGAUGGGUCGCUCAGUUUUCUCACACUUCCUCAAUCUCUCUAACUCUUCACCUUGCCUCGCCUCUUCACUGUGCAAUGGUAGGUUUCGAAGCAACUUCUGGAAAGGGCCUGCUAUCAUUGCUCGGCGCCGAAGGAAUCUCGAUGGGUUUCGAUGCGUUUGCAGUGUUUCGUUGACUGAACCUGCAGUUGAAGAAACUCCGUCCAGUUCUCUGAGGAAGAGAAUUGUGUCUGGAGUUCAGCCGACUGGAUCUAUCCACCUGGGGAAUUAUCUUGGUGCAAUUAAAAACUGGAUUUCACUUCAGAAUACAUUUGAUACUCUUUUCUUCAUUGUGGAUCUCCAUGCGAUUACAUUGUCGUAUGAUGCACAAAAAUUAUCAAAGGCCACAAGGGAUACUGCAGCUAUAUAUUUGGCCUGCGGAGUGGACACAUCAAAGGCCUCUGUGUUUGUACAAUCCCAUGUCCGAGCCCAUGUCGAACUGAUGUGGUUAUUAAGUUCUGCAACACCUGUUGGGUGGCUUAACAGGAUGAUUCAGUUCAAAGAGAAAUCACGCAAGGCAGGAGAUGAAAAUGUAGGGGUUGCUCUGUUAACUUAUCCUGUCCUGAUGGCUUCUGAUAUUCUCUUAUACCAGUCCGACUUUGUCCCAGUUGGGGAGGAUCAGAAGCAGCACCUAGAGCUAACGCGUGAGCUGGCUGAGCGUGUAAACCAUUUAUAUGGAGGAAGGAGGUGGAAGAAAUUGGGAGGACGAGGUGGUGCUAUUUUUAAGGUUCCUGAGCCUCUUAUACCACCAGCUGGAGCACGAGUCAUGUCUCUGACUGAUGGUCUUUCUAAGAUGUCCAAGUCUGCCCCUUCAGAUCAAUCUCGGAUCAAUCUUCUUGAUCCAAAAGAUGUUAUAGCGAGCAAGAUAAAGCGUUGCAAAACUGACUCAUUUCCAGGCCUAGAAUUCGAUAAUCCUGAAAGACCCGAAUGCAACAAUCUUCUUUCAAUAUACCAGCUCGUUUCGGGACGGACAAAAGAGGAAGUGGCACAUGAAUGCCAAGAUAUGAGCUGGGGAAAAUUUAAACCCCUUCUAGCUGAUGCCUUGGUUGAUCACCUUCAUCCCAUCCAGGUUCGCUACGAAGAAAUAAUUUCUGAUUCAGCUUAUUUGGAUCAAAUUUUGGCUGAAGGUGCUACAAAAGCUUCAGAUAUAGCAGAUGCUACUCUUGGUACUGUCUACCAGGCAAUGGGAUUCUUGCCAAGAUGACCAGAACCAAUGUUCAUCUGUAAAGACUAGUAAGACAGCAACCUUAAUUUUUUUGGAGUAUCCAAUAUCCAUUGUUACUCACUAAUUUUUGACGCAUAAAUUAAGAAUAUUCAAUGUUCCUGAGGAGAAUAAUAGAUAAUUGUUGGAAGGCCCACAAACUCAAUGACGCAGUUACCUCUUUUCAGAGAGGUGCAGUAUUUAUUCCUUACUGUUACUGCUCU